UGGAAGAAUAGGUACAUCAUUGAAGACGAGGGAAACACAAGAAAGAUUAUUUAAAUAAAGAAAUCUCCGGUUGCUAGGCUAUUGACAGUCCCGUUCUAUGAACAGCGUGACCGGCUCCCUGGCUUCUCUCUCUGUCUCUCUCUCUCUCUGUAGUAUCAUUUGGUAAAAGAGGCUCCACUGCUUUUAUGGUCAGCUCAGCUCAGGCAGGCUAGCAGGUAGGGGAAGGCAGGUAGAGUCGUUCUGUUGCUCCUUCUCUGCUGAUGGAUCCCGAAAUGGAUGCUGCAGUCCUCAAGUGGUUCACAGGAAACGAGGACGAGUUGAAGGUGAAGAUGUCUCAGGUUAAACAAGUUGGACUUCUUGUUGCUGGCUGUCAACCUUGGAACAAAGAUGUUUGUGUUGCCAGUGGAGACAGAUUUGCAUAUUGUGCUACACUGGCGAUAUAUGUUUAUCAGCUUGAUCACAGGUACAGUGAAUUCAAACUUUAUGCAAUUAUGUCUGAACACAAGAAGACCAUCACAGCUAUCUCCUGGUGUCCUCACAACCCUGACAUGUUUGCCAGCGCAAGUGCUGACAACCUCAUUAUCAUCUGGAAUGUGGCUGAACAAAAGGUGAUAGCAAGACUGGACAACACAAAAGGGAUUCCUGCUUCACUCAGUUGGUGCUGGAAUUCUGGUGAGGCAGUGGCAUUUGUCUCUCAUCGGGGCCCACUCUACAUCUGGACAAUCUCAGGAGCAGACUGCGGGGUAGCAGUACACAAGGAAGCACACAGUUUCCUCUCAGACAUCUGCCUAUUCAGAUGGCAUCCGAGGAAGAAAGGCAAGGUGGUCUUUGGACACACAGAUGGCAGCCUGUCCAUCUUCCAGCCUGGUGCCAAGGGUCAGAAGCAUGUUCUGAGACCAGAAUCAUUGGAAGGAACAGAUGAAGAAGAUCCAAUCACAGCCCUGGAAUGGGAUCCACUCUCCACUGACUACCUUCUGGUGGCCAACCUACACAAUGGAAUUCGAUUAGUUGAUUCCGAAUCACUUUCCUGUAUCACAACCUUCAGUUUUCCCAGCGCUGCAGCAUCGGUACAGUGCCUGGCCUGGGUCGCCAGUGCUCCAGGGAUGUUCAUAACUGGAGAUUCUCAAGUUGGUGUUUUGCGUGUUUGGAAUGUUUCAAGAACAACACCGAUUGAUAACUUCAAGUUGAAGAAGACAGGAUUUCAUGCUUUACAUGUACUGAAUUCGUCACCAAAGGAAAAAUGCUAUUCAACACAUUCCCCAUCUAAGAACCACCAUACAUCGUCGACCAGUGAAGCCAUCCCCCCUCCAACCCUCUCUCAAAAUCAAGCAUUUUCUCUUCCGCCUGGACAUGCUGUGUGUUGUUUCAUGGAUGGUGGAGUUGGGCUGUAUGACAUGGGAGAGAAGAAGUGGAACUUCCUGCGAGAUUUGGGCCACGUAGAAACAAUCUUUGACUGUAAAUUUAAACCAGAUGAUCCCAACCUCCUAGCCACGGCAUCAUUUGAUGGGACAAUAAAGGUGUGGGAUAUAAACACAUUGACAGCAGUCUUCACAUCCCCGGGAAAUGAGGGAGUAAUCUACUCCUUGUCCUGGGCUCCAGGUGACCUAAACUGUAUCGCAGGUGCAACCUCACGCAAUGGAGCCUUUAUAUGGGAUGUAAAAAAAGGCAAAACAGUUACUAGGUUUAAUGAGCAUGGUAAAAAUGGAAUCUUCUGCAUUGCUUGGAGCCAUAAGGAUUCCAAAAGGAUAGCGACAUGUGGUGGUGACGGAUUUUGUAUUAUCCGAACAAUCGAUGGAAAACUCCUGCACAAGUACAAGCAUCCGGCUGCUGUCUUUGGCUGCGAUUGGAGCCAGAACAAUAAGGAUAUGAUUGCUACUGGCUGUGAGGAUAAGAGUGUUCGAGUUUACUAUUUAGCAACCAGCUCUGACCAGCCCCUCAAAGUUUUCACUGGGCACACUGCCAAAGUGUUCCACGUUAGAUGGUCUCCCCUGAGAGAAGGCAUCCUUUGUAGUGGUUCUGAUGACAGUACUGUGAGGAUAUGGGAUUACACACAGGACGCCUGUAUCAAUAUUCUAAGUGGACACAAAGCGCCAGUACGAGGUUUACUGUGGAACACAGAAGUCCCCUACCUCUUGAUAUCGGGCAGUUGGGAUUACACUAUUCGUGUCUGGGACACUAGGGAUGGAACCUGCCUGGACACAGUGUAUGACCAUGGUGCUGAUGUCUAUGGUUUGACCUGUCAUCCCAACAGGCCCUUCACCAUGGCAUCGUGUUCGAGAGACUCCACUGUGAGGCUCUGGUCAUUAACACCUCUGAUUUCUCCUCUCCAAAUGAACAUUCUGGCUGAGCAACAGUGGGAGGAAAUAAUUGGAAAUACAGAUCGUGCAAUGUCCCCAGGUGCUCCCCCUUUGCUGUGUGGGAAAGUGUCCCGGGAUAUCAAGCAGGAGCUGGAUAAGCUCACCAGUAAUGUGCGGAUUAAGAAGCUGAGAUGGUUCUCAGAGUGUUUAUCACCCCCAGGCGGCAGUAAAAAUCUCUGGGACUUGGUGGCCGUUUUAAAAGACCAGGAUGACAGUCUGCUUCCACAGAACUACUGCAAAGGGAUAAUGCACAUUAAACAUCUGGUCAGGUUCAAAACUUCCAAAGCUCAAGAGUUAACAACUGUGAAGAUGUCCAAGUUUGGAGGUGGAAUCGGUGCACCGACAAAAGAGGAGAGACUGAAGGAGGCGGCUGGGAUUCAUCUGCGACUGGGUCAGAUCCAGAGAUACUGCGAGCUAAUGGUGGAACUUGGAGAGUGGGAUAAAGCACUUUCGGUGGCACCUGGGGUAUCAAUGAAGUACUGGAAGAAGCUGAUGCAACGGAGAACUGACCAGCUGAUUCAGGAAGGGAAUGAUGAAGUGAUUCCAUACUGUGUUGCCACCGGGGAUGUGAGGAAACUGGUAACCUUCUUCACCUCUCGAGGCCAGCUGAAUGAAGCACUCCUAGUUACUCAGGCGGCCUGUGAAGGAAACAUUCAAGGACCACAGAUCUCAGCACCAAAUGGAGCAGCAUGUGGAGAUGGGAAUAACAAAUCAGAAGAUUACAAUGAUUUGUUACACAGGGUGAGUAAGGAGCUGGCAGAAUGGUACUUCCAGGACGGGCGAGCAGUAUUGGCUGCAUGUUGCCACCUUGCAGUGAAUGACGUUGAGCUUGCAAUGUCGAACUUGGUCCGUGGCAAUGAGCUGGAGCUGGCGGUUUGCGUGGGGACUGUGCUGGGGGAUAGUGCCAUGCCUGUGACAAACUAUGCCCUCGAAUUAUUGGCCCGGAAGUGCAUGGCAUCAACAACAUGGGAUCUAGCAGCUGACUUGUUGUCUAUGAUACCUGACAGUGAGCUACUUUUGGUCAAACUGUGUGCGUUCUACCCAGGAAGCACUGCAGAGGUUAAUGAUCUUCAUGAGAAGUGUCAUUUACCAACCUGUGAAGAAUGUUUGCAAAUUGCGGAAACAUCUCAAAGUGAAGGGGAGACGUUCCAUGCAGUAAAAUAUUAUUUACUGAGUCCAGCGCCAGAAAAAGCACUUCCAAUUGGCCUUCUUUAUGUUAAAGAGCAGCUAAGUAGCUCUGAUUGGACUUUGGACUCUGUCUCCGGGAUCCUGGACCUGCUCAGCUAUAUUCGCACUGACCGGCUGAUGCUACACAAGUGUAGUGAAUUUCGGAAUGAGCUGCUUAUAUUUUGCGGCUACAUUGCCACGUUACUGGCCAUGAGGAGACAGUACAACAGCAUUGUGCCUGCGCUUUAUGAGUACACCAGCCAGCUCUUGAAGCGUAGAGAGGUGACAGUCCCGAUACGGAUUGAGCAGCUAUCGGCCGAGCUGGAUGGGUGGCGAGCCUGCACUCAGUCAACCAGCAAGUCACUCGAGGACUUGCCAUUUAUGCCUCCUUCUGAAUCUCAGAGAGAAGUGUACAGCAUUUUGCUAAACAGGAUUAAGGAGGAGCCCAUCAAAGGACUGAUUGGCCCUGAUUAUGUCACAGGUUCUAACCUUCCCAGUCACUCAGACGUCCAUACGUCCUGCCUCUCAGGUUUGCGGAUACAGGGACCAGUUUAUUUCCUUGAGGAUGGAAGGUCAACGAUCUCUCUGAAUGAUGCAUUAAUGUGGGCCAAGGUCAACCCAUUCUCCCCCUUAGGAACAGGAAUGCGCCUGAAUCCAUUCUGAUAGGAGUGUUGUUAUGAAGAGAUUACUUUUUUAGUACUUUCACAUGGAUGACUAUUGCUAAGGUUGGUGCUGUGCAGACUUCAGAGCAUGAAGACCAGAGUGUGGCAUCAUGCUGUAAUACUGUACGUCUUGCAAUGAAUUAGCUGCAAUAGGAUAAUGACAGGGAACUGCCUUUCCCUUGCCUGACUUUCUGAAGCGCAGUUGAUUCAUGUAUAGAGCAGCUGACAUAAUAAGUUCUCCCUGGUUUCGGGAAAAGACUUUUCUUUUACACACCCAAACAGAGAGAUUUUUUUUUUCUGGAUACUGGAGGAGCUAGCAACCUGACAUGCCUCCUGUCACAGCAAACAAAUUCCAGAUCGAGCUCUGUGUACAUUCUGUCAUCUCUUGCAAUUUCAACACCUCAAUUUCUUCACCUGCAGAUCCAAUUCUGGAAACAGUUGCAGAUAUUUUAUCAUCCACUAGUUGAUGGAAAUAAAAACAUGCAUGGUGAUUACUGAAGCAGUUGACAAAAUAACUAACACUCACUUGCAAAUAUGAUGUCUAAAUUUUUUUGGUCAGCUCUUCGCAGCCAAUACAGGAAUACUACUCCACAGCUCUUGAUCAGCUGGCCAAUGAUAAAAGUUUAAAAUUGCAGAAUCAUUUAGAUCUGAUGAGGUAGAUUUUGAAAGAUUUUGCUAUGUACUACUUAACACUAUACACACGAACACACACACACACAUACACAUGCUUCAAAAUGGGAAGAAAAGCUUUAAUAUUGUAGACUUUUUUUAAAAACUGAGGAUUGUAAAUGUUGUUUGAUCAGCAUGAUCCUGAAUUACACUGAAUUAAUUAAACUGCAGAAAGUGCAACACAUCUUUACUGAAAACACCAGAACAGUCCAUUGUCAAAUACCUCUUUUAUCUUUAAGUUUACACCGGCAGAUUUAUUUUUUUAAAAUAACUGCAGAAUGCAGUUCACACUGGGGAAGUAACUGUCCUACUGCUUCUCGGAGUAAUUUUGGAGUUAUAUCACAAUACAAAGACCUGAAUUUACUGUGUCUCCCAGUGUGAUAUUGUUUGUCUUGUAACAGUUAGUGGACUAAUUUAUGGAAUCCGUGCCUUAGUAUAGGUGAAAUAUAUCCAUUUCCUUCCUUAAAAUGGCAUGGUUCUUUUGUUUUGUAGAGUUGCAUUUGCUCUUCCCUGAUGUUCUGAGUAAUACUUAUUGACACGAGCCGUCAAAAUUGAAUGCCACCCUAAUUAAUGGAUUAAAUAAUCUAGUUAUUAAUUGGACGACUUGCAAAUCCAAGAGCUAACGCCAUGGUCUGAGUCACAAACGUGCAUACUCAGCUACUUUCAUACGUUAAGAUCAAUGAAGGAAUGAAAGUUCACUUGUAAUACUCUCUAUCUUGGGCACCAGCGCACUGGGAGCAAUCAAUCAUUCAAUCAUCUCUCCAGCUUCCUAGCCUUCUGGGUUCAAAUCAGUGGGGACUUAGCUACAAAUAUGUGCACAUAUUUACAGUGUUCAUCUGUCAUUACCUCCCUCAGCCCUCCCCAGAUUGUUAUUUGUUUUGUAUUGUCAUGCACACUGUCCAUCUUGUGAAAUAAUGAGGAAGCCGUGGAUGAAUUAUGCAGGCUGCUUAGCAACUUGUUGAACAGAAUCAUGGCCACUCUUUCUGUGGACAAUGAGUCCCGUACUGGAAUCUGAAGCCGGAACUUCUAGUUUCAGAGCCAGUUCCUCUACCUCCUGGACCACAAGAACCCCUGUAGACCACAAAGGAAUAGAUGAACAAAAGAACCUGAGGGGCACGCGUUUGCAAUUCAUUUACCAAUAUAAACUAACACGGCCAUAAAGAAACCAAAACAAACACUGGGGCCCAUUUAGAGGACCAGAGUCAAAAAGAAAAGACCUGAAUUUGAAUUUAUAUUGGCCCUCGAUUAGAUCGCACCUCAAAAACUAGGUACAGUACUGGUCUCCACAUCAUAAAAACAGUGUAAGUUAUUCGAUAUAUUCAAGUUCUAGAAAUUUGGAUGGACAAGAUCAUGGAAGCUCUGAAAUCUGGAAUGACUGUGCAGUCUGGGGUUUUUUUAUUCUAUAGAAAAGACUGAUUGGGGACCAAAUAGUGGUCUUUUAAACGAUGAAGUGAGUUCAGGCUAGACAUAGAAAAGAUGCUUCCACUUAAUGGUUCAUAUCUAUAUAUGUAAUAUAUAUAUCAUACAUAUGUAAAUGUACAUUUUACAUACAUGUAAAAGAAGCCAUUUGGCCCAUUGAGUCUGUACUGACCCUCCAGAGAGAAUCCCAGCCAGAUUGAACCCUCACUCAAUCCCACGAACCCUUCAUUUCUUAUGGGUCACCCACCUAGCCUGCACAUCACUGGGCACUAUGGGCAGUUUAGCAUGGCCAACCCACCUAACCUGUAAAUGUUUGAACUGUGGGAGGAAACCGGAGCACUCAAAGGAAAACCACAUAGAUACAGGGAGAAUGUGUAAACUCCACAGAGAAAGUCACCCAAGGCUAGAAUUGAACAUGGGCCUCUGGUACUGUGAGGCAGUAAUGCUAACUAUUAAUAAUUGAUAAUAAAUCUAAGAAGGAAAUCAUAAAACACAACAGCUUUACCCAGAACAUUUCUAAGAAUAUGUAAUUUGUUUUUACAUGGAGUCAUUGAAGUUCUUCUUUACAUAUAUUUACGCAAUUGCAUUUCCCUUUGAAGAGUAGCAGGGAUGCGAUGGAAGGAUUUGCAGGUUGGUCAGCCUAGGGAAUCAUAUCACAAACACACUCAUCCUGUGGAGUAUAGAACCCUAAGCUGGUGACCCAGAAUCUGGGAUAACUAACCACUGCACCAGACAGCACCUCCCAAUAGAACAAUAGAUUAGAUAUGUUUAAGAGGAAGCUAGAUGGGUACAUGAGCGAAGAAAGGGAUAAAAGGGUUUGAUAAAGUGGAAGGAGGCUCACGUGAAGCCUAAACACUGGAACAAACUGACGUCUGUUACUCUGUCCUAAAUGCUGUGAAAAUUAUAUAAAAUAUUACAUAAAAUUAUAUAGUUCACUGGUUCACAACAAAUGGUGCAACUCUCCUCCUAAUAUCAUAGAUAUAAAUGAAUGACAGGCAAAGCAUGACACAUUCAAACAUCUAUUGUGUAAUUUCAGCGGCGAGGUUCAUUUCUUUUAGGAGCCAUUUAGAAUUGGUGAUUUAUGAUUUCUUUUACUCAUAUAACAGGCCAGAAGGAUGCUGUUUUUGAGGUGUUCCCACCCAAUGGAAUGAGGAAGGGUGUGUGUGUCCCGAACAAGGGAAAAAAUCUUUGCUUAUUCCUUGAGUUCUCACAUCAUAUGCAACAUAAGGUGGGUAUACUAGAGGAGCCCUGAGAGGUUUCUAUAUCCCCACAACCACCCCUCUCCCCCACAUAAACAUUUUUCCUUUGUAGAACAGAAAUAAGGAAGACAAUGAUCAUUAGAGAGCCUCUCAUGGUGUCUGGAGAGACCUGAAUCUCCAAACAUUUGGGUUUCUUCAGAAUCUUCAAAAUUUUCUUUAGAGGGCACUAUUUCCUGAUCAGAGUGAUCAAGGUCAAAUCUGGCACAUUAUUUACUCAAGAUAACAAAGUGUGG